AUAGAAGUAUAGGGAAAGUCCACAGAAGUUACAAUUCUUUUGGUACUUUAAAUUAAGACCAUGGAAAAUAAAUAUUUUAUCAUAUAUCAUAUGAUAUACUUCAGUAAGAACAAAGCUGAAUAAAUCCCUCAACGGAGAAAAACGAUCUGCGUAACUUGUCCAAAAUUACGGAUAGUGAUCAAUUUUUAUAUAUUAUUACAAGUGUUACUGUUGUCUAGAUUUUCUUAACGUUUAUCUCAUCCCCACGAUACUGAUGGUUUAAGGUAGAUCAAACUAACACCUGUUCUUGGCCCUACAUCUAAACUAAUUGGGUUCGUCGACCGCUUCAUUUAUUUUUUCAAGUCUCUUGUGUUAGUGUCUGAUAAAAUUCCAACACGGAUUCCGAAAGCUACAAUGACCUUCAUCAGCUUCCGUUAUUUUUGGUGCAAACGAAUUGUCCGUCUUGACUAAAGUAUGAGUAUACUGCUCAGUGGUUCCCUGUGUUCUGCUUUAUGAUUGUAAAACUUUGCCUUUAAAGACAGGACAUUCAAAGAGCAAAUACAGUGUAAAUAUAAAAGUUGAGGACUGAGAGUUGUUUUACAAGUUGUUUUGUAGUCGAGAUAGAAUGUAGUAGGUGGCUUAAUUGUAAAGGUUAUUUAAAAUGACCAUACUUGAUAAGUGGAAUAUUGUUAUCUUAAAUAGAGCAAGAACAAAGAUUGGUGCAGAAUCAUAUGAAUUCAUUUUAUUUCGUCAGGUUCUCAUCAGCUGCUUACAUCCUAAAUUAUUUGAAAUUCAACAUUAUUACAGAUAUUGACAUAUUUAUACAUAACAGUGUGAAUAAGGAUCAAUACAUGUAUAUGAUGAUGUAGAAAAUAUUCAGAUAGAGUUAAUGAGCUCAUAAAAUGUUUGAUUCGAAUAAAUAAAUAAAGUUAGAGAGUGAAAGUUCUGGAACAUUGAAAUAGUGAUUAGAACUCAUGAAAAUAGAUUAAUAGUAAUAAAGAAAAUAUGAAUUAAAAUCAAUCAUUUAUGUAUGAUGUUAAUCAACAUGGCUUCUCAUAUUGCAUGUAGUAUGUACUUUGUGAAACAUACACGUCAUUGAGCAACUUGACAUCUACACAACAUUUUUGUCUUAUUUGUUUAGUUUUUGAAUGACAAUUAUGAUCACACGAAAUAAUCUUGGUCUCUUCCUUUCGAAGAGUUAUUUUAACUUCGAAGUAUCAUUUCUCCAAAAAACUGUUGUGGUUAUACAUGGCGAUGACUUUAUUCAUUUUAUAUUGAAGAACGUAAUUGGUUUUAAAGAUAAUAAUCAUAAUGAGUUCCUUCUUUUCUCAAUGACGGCUUCUAAGUUGAUAAGCCAAGUACUAAUGUGUGACAUUCAACCACUCUUCAUUUUUGAUGGUUGCACUAAAGUUGGACAAAACCAAUCACGCUACAAUGAUCAAAUGUGGUCCGUAAUCAAUCUUUACAAAUCAUCAUUUGCAGAUGUGUUGUCGUUCUUUCAAAUAAAAUACAUGACAUCACUAUACUCAGCUCAGUUUGAUGCUGCUUCAUUAUCCAUAUAUUUACAUUGUCCGUUAAUAGCAUCCAGUUAUGAUAUUUACUACAUGUUUCCUGCUCAAGCUACUAAAACUGAAGCAAAUAUUAUGCAAGAAUUAAUCUACGUCCCGAUCCAUCUCCUAGAUUUUUUUAGCUGCAAAGAUGAUGGUAUUAUUUUGUCUCAUGUUUUCCACCAAAAGUUUUCUCGUAUUUCGUCAGUUGUACCCCAUUUACGACCUUUAUUAAGUGUACUGUAUGCUGGGCGAUUUGAGGUACGUGCUAAUGUGUGUAAGCAGUUAAACUAUAGUACGACAGAUUACUCCAACUACCCUAGUCCUCGUUUACAUGAAUGGUUUGUUCUAGUUAACUGGUUGAUAAAUUCAUCCAAUGUAAAUUAUGUUACACUUUAUGAGUAUGUUAUUCAAGCACAUCGUACUGAAGAACGAAAAAGUGUGACUGAGUAUCUUCUGGAUUGUAUUGCGGCUUUUAUGGAUAAUGUUCUAGAAAAUGGACUUGAAAUAGCAUCUCACUUUUGUUUAGUAAACUCCAGUUCCAAUGUACCUAAGGGUGGUAGGCUAAUUGAGAUUAGUGAAGAAACUAAUGCUCCAGUAAGCUCACAACAUAUGGAUCGUCUGACCAAUCAACUCAACGCCAAACAGCCAAUAAAGUUCAAUUUCACUCAUGAUUGGCCUCGUAAUUUGACAGAACUAUAUCGAAAGGUUAAACUUUCUCCAGCUGUUAUUGAUAUUUUACACCACUCCAUUAGAAAACCGUUUCUGUCAGUUCAUGCUUACUCCGUCAAUUUACGCCUACUUGUUUACCGAAUUCUUUACGGAGUAGAGCACUGUGCAGGUGUAGAACUAAAUCCAAAUAUAAUUGAGUACACAUGGGUCGGUGAUGAUAUGUUAACCGAGCUCCCUCUCACAAUUAGUCCUCUUAUGAAUUCAAAUAAAAGUAAUUCAGUGGAUGAAAUAGUAAGCAGUCAGUUGAAUAUUCCUCUUCCGCAACACACACUCCAACCUGAUUGGAUUUUUACUUUGGCUGUAACUUUAGCAAUUUGGCAUCAACAACAUAUCAGUAAUACUGAGGAAGGCCAUGAACGUCAUUUCGAAAAUUCCCCAAUUGGUUUAGCUAUUGCAACUUGCGUUGUAGUCAAUGUUUUCAAUAUUGAUUUCAUGAGUAGCAAUCUACAUGAACAUUACACACGGUGGAUUGAGUUCAUCAGAAACGAAAUAUCACUUGCUUCCGAACGUGCUUCGUCACUAAAUCAGUCUCCAUCAUCUUGUACGAAAUCUGUCACGGAACAAAACUUAUCAAACCUAAUUGCUGUUCAACAUAUCUACAACGAAUUGCAAACCAUUGUCUCAUUACUAAACUGUUUAGCAGGAGAUGAUAAUAAGUCUAAAUUAUUUAAUUUUCUGCCUUGUUGUGCUUUGUUUCCUUCUUUUAAUCUAGUAGAUUGUCUUUCUCAUCAUUUAGACAAUCAGUUGCCCUCUAUUCGAUUAAUUCACGUAACAAGUUACUGGAUACCUCGAUUAUAUUGUGCUAAAAGAUCUAACAAUCUGAUAACUGAUCUUAUAAACAUUUUUAAACGCUUGGUUAAUACUGUUACGCUGCUUUCUGCAUCAUCUUCAUUUAAUCUGAAAUCUAGUAGUAUGACUAGGAGAAGUGAACAACGUGCUCCUUUAUCAGAACUCACUAACACCAUUCCGUUCAAUAAUGUUAACUGUAAUGAUUCGAUGUUUCACAACAUUAAACUAACUUCAGUAUCAUCUGAUGGUAAAAUUAGCAGUGUACUUGACAAACAUCUGGAUAAACAAGUGAUUAACAGGUUUCUCCGUGAUUUGACUGAGAAACAAAAUGUUGCGUGA